UAAAUAAAUAGAAGAAAUCCUCGAUCCAAUCCGUUCCAGCCCAUACCAAUCGCACCACCAGCCGACGACAGGAACCCCCGCGGCGACCCCCUCCGGCCGCCCCUCUGCUCCGCGCCGCAUCGGGAAACCCUGCCGCGAUCCUCCAGCCACGCCGCCCCCCGCGUGGCCGCUCGGCUCGUUCGGCCAAAUCCAGUCCACCGCCCGCGGGGUCCCGAUUUGCGGCCAGCCCCCCGCGGAUUGCCGCCCACCCUGGAGAGAGAGACGGGCGCUGACGGACGGUUGCGGCGCGCAGUGGUGCUGCCACCAUGUUGCAGUGCCUGGAGGGGGUGAGGCACCUGGGCGGCCUGCUCCUCAAGUGCUGCGGCAUCGACCUCAAGCAGCCCAAGGGCCUGGAGGAUCCCGAAGUCCUCGCCAGGGAGACCGUGUUCAGCGUGAGUGAGGUCGAAGCGCUGUACGAGCUGUUCAAGAAGAUCAGCAGUGCUGUGAUAGACGACGGGCUGAUCAACAAGGAGGAGUUUCAGUUGGCGCUUUUCAAGACCAGUAAGAAGGAGAGUUUGUUUGCGGAUCGUGUCUUUGAUUUGUUUGACACAAAACACAACGGAAUUCUAGGAUUUGAAGAAUUUGCCCGUGCGUUAUCAGUAUUUCAUCCAAGUGCCGCUCCUGAUGAGAAAAUUGACUUCUCUUUCCAGCUUUAUGAUCUGAAGCAACAAGGUUUCAUUGAAAGACAAGAGGUUAAGCAAAUGGUUGUUGCUACACUUGCUGAAUCAGGAAUGAAUCUUUCAGAUGAAGUCAUAGAGAGCAUCAUUGAUAAGACUUUCGAGGAGGCAGACACAAAACAUGAUGGGAAAAUUGACAAAGAAGAAUGGCGCAAUCUAGUUCUCAGACAUCCCUCAUUACUGAAGAACAUGACACUCCAAUAUCUCAAGGACAUCACCACCACAUUUCCAAGCUUUGUGUUCCAUUCUCAGGUCGACGAUACAUGAAGUCCUGAGAGUGUUUCACUUCGAUGGAAUAUCAGAAGACGGUUUCACUGCUUUGUUAAGCUUUUCCAAUGGCCGGCUGAUGGUUUGGCGGAAGCCAUCGUAGUGUUCCAAAGCAUACAUCAUACUGUAUUCGAUUAUUCUGCUGGUUUAUUUGUGUUCAUAAUGUUUUUUUCUUUAGCUUAGGUGGGCUGGUAGUAGAUUAGAAUGUUCAAAGUUUCUUUCGUUUUUGUACAAAAAAAAAAGCUGGUUUGACCCUUUAGUUAACUGUGUAUGUAUUCUGUGUGGGGAACUUUCCUACUGUAUAUUAUGGAUUGAACUGAACGGAGCCAGCAGAAAUGCCUCUGUUGAUAAAGUUUGUCGCAAUUUAUUGUUUUCUUUAAGGGGAAUCUUGUUUUUCUUA